AUGUGCUCCGACGAGAAUGGCGCUCACCACACGCUCUACUACCUCAACGCUCAGCUCGAGGCUUUGUACAACAGUGCGAAGCACUGCCUCGCUGAGCAUGGUGGGUCACGUCGCCUAGAGAACCAACCCAACUACGCCCUAGCAAAGUAUAGCGCUGCUAGUCUGGACGGUACCUUCGAUGUCGCUUUCCACGCCACUUUUGGCAAGCCCGUCCUGGAGUUCAUCUGUAGCCAUGACGCCGUCCUUCACCUCACCCUGGAUGAAAGUCGUUUGGUUGUGGCGGGUGAUGACUCGACGCCGUACCCCGGUCCUCUACGGACUCGGUUCUCUUUCUACCUGCCGCAUGUUUCAUUCGGGAGCGUCCAGCUCACGCGUUUCCUCGCGGGCUAUCUUCAAUUGCUCCAGGAAGCUGGCAACCAUGUUCUCUUCUCCCCUCCCAAGUUUGGCUUUCUUCCACACUCCAUCCGAGGAAUCAGCGUCGACCAGAUCAACACCUAUCUUACUUCGAUCUGGCUCAAGUCGUCCAUGCUUUCCUAUCGCGGCAUCAACGGCGACAAGGUUAACUGGCCUCUUCGACUCCUCGCACAGUUCAACACGAGGUCGUACGGGCAAGGGACGUACGGUCGCUUCCGUAUGGGAUUGGAGCCUCCUACCGUUGAGAUCGUUUGCGACAAGGAGCUCAUCAUUUACUUCAACAUCGACGAACUUGAUUGUUUCGAUCACAGCGGGAACGUUACUCACUCUUUCAAAGACUGGAGGGUUGCUCUAGUCGUCGAUGUCUUGUACUCCGACGCAGCUGACGGUCGCGCUGUAACCCUUCGGCUCGACUAUGACAAAGAGCCGCGCUACCAUGAUUUGAAGUCGUACUUCCCCGGUCUCGACGAGGAUGAUGCGGUAUGCGCCGAACAGACGGAACUUCUUGUGCGAUUCUUCACGAAGGAGUACGUCCGCCUCCUGAAGGACGUCCACUACGACAUUCUGUACACCCACGACACCCGCUGGGAGACGGUCCACAAGCCUCUUGAGCACCCCUCCGGCGGGUGGGAAGUCGGCCUUCCGGACCACUCGCGCGACUCGAUCCGGCACACGCACAUGUACGGCUUCGACCAGGUCGCCGCGCUUUCACAUGGCUCGCUCGACGCGCAUUUCGCCUCACUUCGCAAGAGCGCCCAAGGUAUUCUGCGCCAGUGGAAGCACGACAAGUUCUUCAGCGCCACGUUCAAGCCGCUCACGGUCCGCCUUCUCAGCGACAAUCGCGCGAUCGUGUGGGUGCACCUCAAGGGCGGCGCGCUCACCACGCUCCGCGAGUGGGUGCCGUCGCUGGAGCCCGACGCGAUCGCUACUUUCGGGGAGUGGCGCCUCGCCUUCGAGGUGCCACUGAAGAAGUGCUCGCAACACGAGCUGGAGGGCUUUGAUUCGGAUGCAUACCAGAACACCAUGGCCUUCCAGAAGCACGGUGUCGUUGAAGACUGCGAGCUCUACCACGUCUGUCUCGACCUCCACAAUGCUGAAUACAUCCAUGACUACUCGCUGGGAUCCGCCACUCCUGUCCUCAAGCUGCAGGCGGCCAUCCACUACAUCACUCAACACUACUUCCCGGCCCUCUGCAAGCAUGCUUUCCACGUCCUCACCAGCGUCCCCGUCUGGAAGGCGGACGCGACUCUCCCCUCCUCCUACGCGCUCACGAGCGUUGACUUCCAAGUCUACUCAUCCACACCCGUCACGCGCAAGAACUGGGCGCACGUCUCGGCCGGGCACGAGCCUGUGCUCGUCAUCUUCGGCAUGACCGCGCACCGCCCUCCGCCCGCACACCACCUCGACUGGUCCGCGUACUGGGUGGUGCACGCUGAGGCCGCGCGCAGCUUCUCGCACGGGACGCUGAGCAUCGCGCGGCGCGUGUUCAUGGACGAGCGCGUGCUCACGCUCCUUGCUCGCGUCAACGUGCUCACCACGCUCGUCCCCAGCGCGCGGAUGCGCUCGAGCAGCCCGACGCAAGAAGUGGCCGGCGAGUGGGUCAUCCAGCCUCUGGCGGACGACGGCACGCUCCAGUACCUCUGGCAGCACAACGAGCGCUGGCAGUACGACUCGCGCGGCAACGCGAACCCGACGAACACCUCGCGCGGCGUAUCUUGCGUUACGCGCAACUAUGUGGAGCUCCCACCGCCCGCCCGCGCGUCCGUCAGCUGGUCGACGCACGUCACCGUCCAUACGCUCGGGAACACCAUCAAGGUCGACACCGUCGGCUCGCACGACCCUGUCUUCACCCCGGCCACCUACGCGAUCGGGCCCGACCUCCUCACCGAGGCGUUCCCGCCUAAGGUCGACCUCGACGGGCUCGUACGCGAGAUGCGCGCGUUCGAGGGCGCGUGGCAGUACUGCUUCCCGCUCGCGGGUGCGGGCGCGUACGCGCUCGGGAGCCCGGUCUUCAACGCGGACGGGGACCUACUUUUUGAGCUCCGUCGGCACGGCGCGAGCGCGCGCGAGGGCGACGGUGGGCGGCGGCUCCGCCAGAAGCGGGCGCCGCUCGCGAUCACGAACGGGAGCGUGCCGGAGUGGCAGCUCGCCACGCCGCGCAUUGGGGUCGAAGUCGCCAACGAGGUGACGGACGGGCCCGGGGCGUACAACGGCAAUGGUGAGCAACCGAUGUUGAAGUCGAUUGCUGCCGCCCCGGAGUUCUCUGAGUAUGCUCCCAGCGAGCUCGGGGUGGGGGACGACUCGCAGGCCUCCAUUAGCGUCGCGGAGUGA